AUAAUGCACGCGGAAGAUGCAUGGAAAUUGAGGAUGAAGAAACUAUUGAUGAAGAUCUUCAACUAACUAAAUCUGCAGCGAAAAUUAUGGAACUAUUAGAACUUGUCACAAGCCAGUAUAAAUUAUUACCAAUGUUCCAUAAUC